AUGGUUAGCGCUGGCUCUGGGCGGUUACCAUGGACGCAUACUACCGAAUACAAAGGCGGCACUCUGGCAGCUCUCGUGUACAUUUCCUCUUUCGAAGCUUGCAUGACUCACAAGACCGCGUCGCCAGCCUGCUACCGACCGGCGGAAGAUUCGCAUUGCGCUGUUCCGUUGUCAUCUCGUGUCUUGUCUUGGGUCGAUGGAGUCCGCAAAAUGCGGAUUAUUUCACAAUUCGAGGCACGCCCGCAAAUUUCCCGCAAUACCGCGUUUGCGGCCGCACAUGCGGUAAACAUCCACCACCUGCUGUACCUACUUCAGGUCAUAAUCUGGCAUGCAUGGCAUAUGAGUAUUCUUGCGGUGGUCCAAUGGUUGCAAGGCACCAAUAUAGCAUGGGCUGCUCCAUCUUUCACAUCGUACUUGACAAACGAUGCCGCUUUACGAAGUGUGUAUAACUUUUUUACGCGCAACUACAUAUACAGUGGCUUACAUUCUUUCCAGAUUUCCCAUUGUAUCCCGCUCUCUCGAGAGCAGAAGGAUGCUCUCGCCGAGUUCAUCACAAACUUGCAUGCGACUACGUUCGUGACCCCGAGACUGUUUGUCAACGUUGUCUUUGACCGACCAGGGCCAAUCGGUGAUAUCUACUCGGGAGGAAAGUCUCGUGGGCAAACCGUCCCGAAUCACAUCCGUGCUACAGUCCGUGUCGGUCCGACGCGGUCCAAGGAAAGUUACGACGAAGUGGCUACUAAAAUCCAGAGCCGCUGGGAUGAGGUGGUGAAUGAUGCAACGCUGGGCGCCCAAUCGUUUGGUAAUCUUACCCCGAAAGAGGAGAGUCGCUUCAAGAAACUGCAUGGCAUCGUCUUUUGUCCUAUGGUGGCCGCGCUUGAAGGCGGAGUUAUUGUCCCUGGGCCUGGAGAUGAAGGUACAUGGCUGAAGGAUAACAUGGCCUAUUUCCAGGAGCAGGUCGAUGUACACAAUGACAAUGAUAUAAGGGACAUGUUGAAAGAGAUCAGUGAGCGGAAGGAUUUGAAAAGGCUCGUUGAAUAG